GCGAGUGGAUGGGGGUUUGUGCUAACUGGAAUUUCUAUCCAUUUCAUUCUUGUUGUAUGGACAUCUAUGCAAUAGUGUACUGUUUGUCUACAUUAUUUCGAAUGCGCAUUUAUUGUGUGUGUGUCUCUUGCUGAUUGGCGAGCAUUCAUUAAACAGCGACACUGCACCAACCUGUUCUAGCUAGCUAAAUUUGCUAACAGUAGCUAGCUAACUAACGUUAGCAAGCUGUGUGCAUACGGCAUACCAUAGCAGGCAACAAUAUUAUAAUGCAAUACAUUAAUUUAGCAGAAAUAUGCUACGCUAAAAAUGAUUUGAUUAGGCUCGGUUAGUCAAUGCACGGCUUGGCACACGUCCCCAGGAAUCCUACCGCUAGCUGAUUAACUGGCUGGUAAAAGCAGCAGCGAGCCGACGGCCACCACCACAACAUGAGUCAGAUUAACGUUAGAUGUCGGACUCUUUGAAUACUCUCUGCUGCUGCUGCUACUUAUCAUUCAUUUCAGUUUUACGGCGGCGGAGGGAGAUUCUCUACUUUGACAAUUGGUAUAUUUAGUUACCUAGGCAGUGUUGAUUGAUAGUUACAGAUUGUCAGCAGCCAUUAUCAACACUGAUAUCGGAUAGCUUUGGAAAAUGUUGAAACCAAUGUUGAUCAUCAGAAUCCUCAAUUAAUCUGUCUGUUUCAGGUGGCAGAAAAUGGAAACCGUGGAAAAAUGGAACAAAUGCCUAAUAUCACCUAAGUUAUUGGAUAGAAAAGUAUUUCCCAAACAAAAUGGCAAGACAGGCAUGAUUGUGAAGCAUCUUCACAACACAUUCAGACUUCAACAUAGUUUGCAGAUACAGUCCAUCAGUCGCUCAGAAUGUGCCACUGGCUCCUGUCCAAAUUUGAUGAUGAGUAGGAAUGAGCACCACGAGCCUCGGGCUGUCCCUGUUGCCCUCACCCCCCAGCUUGUCCCAAGGGCCCACCGGCCCCUCUGCCUCUCCGUCUCCUCAGAUAGCAAUGGCCGCUUCAAAGCUCUGGAUACCCAAGAGUGGAAGAACAAUCUCAAAGCCCAGAUGGAGCAGGCCCACAGUGCAGGAGCAGCCAGCAGCACAGGCUCCCUGGAGAGGGCCUCAUUGUUUUGUGCCUCUGGUUCCACCACGGCCUCCAGCUCAGGCCUAUCCAGCCCCGUGGAGAACCUCACCAAGAGCAAGUCCUCCAGCCGCUUCUCCCUAUUUUCCCCUCCCUGGAACAGCAGCUCAGAGUCUGACUCCAACCCCCCCUCCCGCUCCGGCUCCAAGAAGCUGCGUAACUACAGCAUGAGAGCUGCCACAGGUCCGGCCGGGGUGGGGUCAGUGGGCAGGGCGGGUCCACCUGACACCCCAGACACGCCCAAACAGAACGUCCCGGAACACUUCCAGUACUCUGAGCCCGUCAUCUCCAAGGUGACGGACUACAUCUUCGUGGGCAACCUGAACGCAGCGUACAACGGGCGCACGCUGUGUCGCAACAACAUUGACAGCAUCAUCGACAUGAGCAGCAUGCCGGGGGACCCCGGCCCAAGUCUCAGCCUUAUCCCCUGCACCUGCUCCCGAGGAGCCCGCCACAGCUGGUCCCGCCUCAAGGUGGACAUCCGCGAUGUCCCAGACGCGCUGGGCGAGGGAAGCCCCGCCCUGAAGCAGCACUGCUUCGAGGACAUCAACGAGUGUAUCGAGGCUUCCACGGAAAAAAGGAAACGAGUGCUAGUCCACUGCCGUGACGGGUACUCCCUGGCUCCGACCUGUAUCAUCCAGUACCUCAUGGUGAAGCAGAAUAUGCGGCUGAUCUCGGCCUACGAGCUGCUGAGGGCCAAGUACCCCGUUAACAUCAGGGAGUGUCACCAGAAUGUGCUGGUGAGCCUGGAGAGAGCUCUGCGGCCUGGAGGGAACGUGGACCCAGAGUGCUUCAAGCAGGCCAUCUCAAGGAAAGUGGCCUGGACCUGACCUGGCUCCUCCCCCUCCACUCCCCCUGUAGUUUGGCCCUCUUUAUUUUUCUAAUCUAACCGUGGCAUUCAAUGGAUAUUUUUCUAUGGACAAUUUUUGAAAGGCAGCUUUACUUUCUGUCAUAGUCAACUGGAUAUGGAGAUGUUGCCACUAACAGUGAGCUUCAAAAGUAUUGGGACAGUGACACAUUUUUUAUGUUUUGG